CCCCUCUCCUGCUCGUGGCUCCCCCCCUGUCCCUCCGCUGUCCCCCCUUCCCCGCCCUACCGCCGGAUGCGUCCCCGCGGCGCAUGGCCGACGCCGGCGAUGGCGACGCGGCGGAGUACCCGCCGGCCACGCCGGCCACCUUCGGCCCCGCGGGCUUCGAGGAAUACCCGCCGGCCGCUCCGGCCAGCUUCGGGCCCGCGGGCGGCUGGGGGCAGCCCGCGUUCGGCUCGGCGGGCGCGUGGGCUGCGCAGGCUGCGCUGCAGCAGCAGAUGGCGGCGCAGCAGCAGCAGCAUACGUCGCCCAGGCAUGGGCCCAGCACCACCAGCAGCAGGCUUGGGCCGCGGCCCUCGCGCAGCAGCAGCAGGGCGCGGCCCUCGCGCAGCAGCAGCAGGAGGCCGCCGAACCUCUGCGGGCGCUGCUGCAGGACCUCGACGUCCAGCCCGAGGAGGACCCGAGGCGUCCUUCCGCUGGCUCGCAGAGUACGCCCUGAGCGACGGUGCGCUCCCUCCGCCCUGGGAGGCACACACGGACCCCGCGUCUGGCCGCGUGUUCUACGUGGAGCCCGGCGGCGAGGAGAGCAGCUGGGAGCACCCGCUGGCGCCGCAGUUGCGCCGCAUCGUGGAGAUCGGGCGCGAGAUUCUGGAGAAUCCGCGCGAGGGGCUGCUGGAGGAGGCAAAGGCCGCGCUCUGGCACGAGCAGAAGGAUCGAGAGCUGAACUGCUGGCACGGGCCGUACCAGAGGAACAGCGGCGACGGCCAGUACUUCGUCAACUCGACCACGGGCGCCUCCUCGCCGUUCGACCCCCGGGAGCGGGCACAGUUCGCCUACGAGAGCCAGACCAACCUCCUGGACCACAUGCAGAAGGUGCUCACGGAACAGGACGUGCAUGCCGCCUCCCCCCGCUUCGGAUCCCCACGCUUCGGCCAGCCGCGUGCUCCCGCCGCCUCUGGGUCAACGCGGCCGGGCAGCUCGGGCGGACGACCGACCUCCGCUUGCUCGUUCGCGGUCUCGUUUGCGAGCCCUCGCGGCUCCACCGCCGCCAGCCGCGCUAGCGGCCUCCACGCGGCGUCCUUCGACGGCACGCCAGCGCUGCCGGUGUUCGGCUCGCCCGCCACGCCAGAGCUGCAGCCCCCCGCGACCAGCUCGACGUCAUGCUCGGCGACGGGCUCGUCGGCCAGCAAGCGGCGCGCCGCGGCCAACAGGGCCGCCCGGGCGGCGACGCAGGCGCCGCAGGGCGAGCGCACCGACGCGCUCUCGAGCAUGCGUGCGAAGGCCGUGCACCUCUUCACCGUGUGCCUCGAGGAGGAGGAUCCGAGGGUGCAGCGGCUGCAGCUUGCGAGGAAGCAGGCGGCGCGGCAGGCGCGCCUGGCGCAGCGGCCCGCCCCACUGCGCCCCGCGGCGCCGCAGCCGGCCGCGCCC